UAAAAUGGGACCAUAAUGCUUAUUGAUCGUUUUGAUUGAUUAUUUCUUUUCGUUUUCUGCAUUUGAAAUCUCUUGCCAAACAUCCACAAUGUUCUUCGUCUUUUCCCAUCUAACGCACACUUCAGUUAGAAUGGUUGAAAUUAAGAAAAAUGUAUGUAAAACAUCAAUAAAAGUAGAGCACAAGUUUAGAGAGUUUUUGAGUCAUUGAACUUUCGAUGUCUUUUCUCUUCUUGAAAAGUAAGAAUUUAACAAAAGGCGCUGUAUUGUACUGCAUCCUGACAUGCUCUUUCAAACAACAAGUAUAUAGAAUGAAUCAGAACAGAGAAAUCUGGUUUGCCAAAUGAGCUAUUUUUGACCCUUUGACGAAUAUCUUCCUUAAACGUCAUGAUGUUCGGCACGUUCUUGAGCUGAGUUCUGUUUUUGAGAAGGAGGCCUUAAAAACCAGAAUAGUUCAUUUAAAGGACUUUUUCAAAAUUUUCAUACGAAAAAUUUCAUGCUUUUAGUUAUUUCACAAACUUCAAAAUUAUUUCGUUAGGUUCUUUUUUUUCUACACCGACUUCAUUUCACAACUUUUAUACUUUUCAGAAACGAAAAUUAUCAUGUAAGUUUUAAUAAUGUUUCACUAUUUCCAUUUGAUUAUUUCGAUUACUUCGUAAAACAAAAAUCUUUCCGUUAGUUUUCGUAUUUUUUUAUGAUUUUCAUUGCAAGAUUUCGAUUAGUUAGAAAAGCAAGAAUUCUCAUAUGUCUUAGAUUACUUCAACAUCAUUUUUAUCACAUAAUUUGGAUUAUUCUGAAAAAUGAAAAACAUUACAUUACCUUGGUUAUUUUUCUGUCACUAUCGUUUUAUGAUUUCGAUUACUUUGCCAACUAUAAAUUAGUUAAUUAAUUUCAUUAUUUUUAUAUUUAAAAAACUCAGUUUCAAUCUACCUUUUUGAAACAAAAAGUGCUUAAAUAAGUGAUUUUAGUAUGAAAAGCAUUAUGUAUUACUACUUCUCAUUUGAAAAUGAAUAAUCAGAAUAAUAAUCAGGACCUACUCUAUCUAAAGUCUGUAAAGUAUUUUUAAUAAUGUAUGCACUUUGCCACCCUAUGUGACGGUCAAGUAAAAGGAACUUUAGACACUUCGAAAGGCUACCAACUCAAACUUGUAAAGAUGUCUGGAUGCAACUAUACAUUCUCAUUAAGUCGUUGUAAAUUACAUCAUUAUUUGCGUUUUUAUAUUCACUGGCAGGGCAUACACAAAUGAAAAUAAAAUGUUGGAUUUUUCUUGUGGUUGAAAAACAAAAACAAAAUAAGAUCUUGCACAACCAAAUGAAAUACUACUGUCCUCUGUAUGGCAUAUGGUCGAUGUAUAAUACUGCUUUUUCCACUGAAAAGAAAGAAAGUAAAAAUAUUACAUUUAACGGUGAAUAAGACAUUCAAGGUUCUUUUUUGUCUUCUUAUUGCAAGUGUUGUAUUGGAUUUUUCCGACUGUCAUAGGGAAAAAAGGGAUUAUAAAAUGUUUCCAGAUGGUUUCAUUCUCUGUACUUCAUGUACACAUUUUGAUGGACUCAUUAUUUACACACAUUCGUCUACCAUUAUCUGGUUCCACCAGAAAACCAUCAGACGCAAGUCGAUCUGAAAGAUCAGCCAAUUAUCAUCGAUGCAAAUUCAUUCAUAUAUUCUAUCUAUGAUCGAAUGUUGCAAGAUGACACGUCCAAAAAUAGGAAUCAGCGUUUUACUAAUACUCCGUUUGGUUACAAUGGUUACUGGAGCUUCUUACGUAAAAUCUUAACUAAGUACAAGGAAGAGUGUUCAGAUGUUCUCGUGGUCUUCGACGGAGUAUUCAAACGGAAUGCCAAUAGAAGACCUGAUCCUGAACGUACGAGUAGUAUACGUUUCAUCGAGUUAAACGCUAGUCAAAAUCAACUACCGUCGCUCUUUCGACGUGGGUUCAUGGAUAACUUGCAUGAGCUCAAUAUAGAUGUUAUUGUGGCUCGAGGAGAAGCUGAUCCGAUGAUAGUUCAAUUGGCACAAGAUCGCAACGCUUAAGUUGUCGCCGCGGAUUCGGACUAUCAUCUGUACGAUCUUUCACGAGGUUAUGUUCCAUUGAAACUUCUUAAUUUACAAAGACUCAAAGGACCACUCUAUCAGAUGAACGAUGUUUUCACAGGAAUGGAUAAUAGUGGUGUUGCUUUAUGGGCAGCACUUGUUAAAUAUGAUCUUGUUACUUUACCAGAUUUACAAGUAAGAAAAUUUCUGCUUGUUAAUUUGAAUGAAUAUUUAUAA